ACUCCUUACCUCCAUCACCCCCACCCUCUGCGCCCAUCAUGGACGCCUCUCGACUCGUCGAAGUCCUGCCAGAGCGCAUCGGCAGCGUCUCCGCUCCUCAUUUCCCGCACAAUCUCCCAUCCGGCUCCGGCAGCACCUCGCCCUUUUCCCUCUCCUCCUUCGCCUCCUCCCUGCGGCUGCACUGCACGCGUCUCUCUGCCUCGCGCCUCGAGUUCGACCUCGUCGGCGUCGAUGCCAGCAUUGCAAAUGCGCUGCGUAGGGUACUCAUGGCUGAAGUACCCACCGUCGCCGUAGAGGGCAUGUAUGUCUGGAACAACACUAGUAUUGUUCAGGAUGAGGUGCUUGCACAUAGAAUUGGCCUCGUGCCGCUACGCAUCGAUCCGGAAGAGGUGCAGAUGAAGUUGCGUGAGUAUCUCUCUUGGCAAAAGCUGCGCAGCGGCAGAUGGAGAGAGGGGGGGGGGGGCAAAGGAGAGGGGAACAAAAGCAAAAAAGGGCGACACAAAGUGGGCAGGUAGUCAUCGGCGGCGCGUCGCUCUCUCUCUGCGUGCUGGCAAAGAUGUGGGCUGCCUUCUUGGCGCACAGCACUGCAGGAGGACGAAUCAUGGCCAUUCUCCUCUCUCUCUCUCUCUCUCUGUCCUCGGUAGC